AAUGUUGGCCAGCCAACCUAUAGUUAUCUGCCAGUCUUAUUGUUAGUUUUCACAUUAAAUACGUUCACUUUUAGUGUUUAAUAGCAUUAACAUUUUCAAAAUGAUAAACGAACCUAUCCCUGAGGUGGACAUGAGGAUUGUGGCCCAAAAUGCAGAGCUUCAACGCCGAGCCAUUCUAGGCUUCGCGCCCCGUAUUGGAUUGUCAAUAGUGGACUACGACGAUCUGGACAGGAUUGACAAUUUCUACCUGGAGUGUCAGAAGUUCCGUGACUAUUACCGCGAUCCGCACAACAAACUUCACAAGCCCUCGCGUUUCCGGCAGCAUCAGGGAAAGUGCGGUAUCAAGCUGGACCAUAGUGUCCAGCACUUGACUCAGCCGAUCCGAUGGGUCGAGGAGCAGCGGCCCCUGGUCUAUCCUCUUUCGAAGGACUCAGCCUUAAGGCUGGGCAUGCCGAUUCCUCCCAUGAUCAGUGGGCGAUACGACAAGUCCUCUUCCUUGUCCUUUCUUUACUAGACCAUGCAUUUUCGAUGCGUUCGCAGGAGGGCUGAGGUCCUCUGCGAGGACUUCUUUCAAUCCAGCGGAAAGGCAUCUGGUGGAUCCAAAAGCGUUCGCAGAGCAUCUGAGCUCCUCUGUCAACGUUUGGUCAAAUUAAAAUGGUCAACUAAAUUGUUCUGUGCAUAUUUGAUCAUUUAAAAUAUAACCAAU